UGAAGCCCCUUCCUUCUGCUCCAUUUCAGUCCUCUCCCUCAGGAUGCUGUCCUCCUCCUCCGCGUGCCUGCCGUCGGGGCUCCUCUUGGCCCUGCUCCUCCUGGGCUCCUCGGACGGAGGGACCCCGCUGCCCCCUUCCCCUGCCCCCCCUGCCCUGCCCGGCUGCCCGCCUUGUCUGCCCUCCAGCUGCCCGCCCCUGCCCCCCAAGGGAUGCCCCCUGGGCAAGGCCCGCGACGGCUGCGGCUGCUGCUGGCAGUGCUCCCGCGGGGAAGGCGAGGCCUGCGGCUUCUCCCCUGCCGCCGCCUCCUCCUCCUCUUCUUCUCCGGGGGGCUUCGGGCGCUGCGGGCCGGGCCUUGAAUGCAGGCGGAGGCCCAAGAGCAGGGGGCCCGGGGUCUGCCUCUGCAAGAGCCGCUACCCGGUCUGCGGCACCGACGGAAUCACCUACCCCAGCCCCUGCCAGCUCAGGGCGGCCAGCCUCAGCAGCGCCUCCGCCCAGGGCAGCAAGCUCCAGCAGAGGAACAAGGGCCCCUGCGAACAAGGUAAG